AUGCUACUGCUGCAAGCUGUCCUGCUGCUCUUAACCCUGCCCAGUCAUGCUGAGGAAACCAUAUCCGAAGGACCUGUAGUCCCUGCCCCUCCGCCCAAAGGAACUUGUGCAGGUUGGAUGGCUGGCAUCCCAGGACACCCUGGCCACAAUGGGACACCAGGUCGUGAUGGCAGAGAUGGCACUCCUGGAGAGAAGGGUGAGAAAGGAGACGCAGGUCUUCUUGGUCCUAAGGGUGAGACAGGAGAUGUUGGAAUGACUGGAGCUGAAGGGCCCCGAGGCUUUCCUGGAAUUCCUGGCAGGAAAGGAGAGCCCGGAGAAGGUGCUUAUGUGUAUCGUUCUGCGUUUAGCGUGGGGCUGGAGACCCGAGUCACUGUCCCCAGUGUCCCCAUUCGCUUCACUAAGAUCUUCUACAACCAACAGAAUCAUUAUGAUGCCAGCACCGGCAAAUUCUACUGCAACAUUGCUGGCCUUUACUAUUUCUCCUACCAUAUCACAGUGUACAUGAAGGAUGUGAAGGUGAGCCUCUUCAAGAAGGACAAGGCUGUUCUCUUCACCUACGACCAGUAUCAGGAGAAGAACGUGGACCAGGCCUCUGGCUCUGUGCUCCUCCAUCUGGAGGUGGGCGACCAAGUCUGGCUCCAGGUGUAUGGGGAUGGGGACCACAAUGGACUCUACGCAGAUAACGUCAACGACUCUACCUUCACAGGCUUCCUUCUCUACCAUGAUACCAACUGA